UGCUCACUUGAAAUGUAGUAGCCAUUGUAACACAAUGUGAACAUAAAGUAGAUGCCAUGAACCAUUUUUCUAACUAUAUAUACGUAAUACUUUAACAGCCUUUCACUGCAUUAUCAACCAAAUUGAUUAAUUCGACUAGUUUGGUACUAUUCUAGUGCUUAUUGAAGCCAAUCAUGAUGCAUGGAAGGGAUCCACUUGUGCUCGGGCAGGUGGUAGGUGAUGUGCUGGAUCCAUUUGUUAGAUCAGCAAUGUUGAGGGUGGUAUACAACAAUAAGGAGAUCAACAAUGGCACUGGACUAAGACAGUCAGCAGUGGUAAAUCCUCCAAGGGUAGAGGUUGAUGGUGAAGAUGAGCAGACUCUCUACACACUUGUACGUAUUAUAUAUAUAUGUGUGUGUACGGUUUGCCUAGAGGUGAUGGUGGAUCCAGAUGCUCCAAGUCCAACCAAUCCAGCUAAUAGAGAAUACCUACAUUGGUUGGUGACAGACAUCCCAGAACCAAUGGAUGCAACUUUUGGAAAUGAAGUAGUCCAUUAUGAAAGCCCACAACCACAAGCUGGAAUUCAUCGAAUUGCUUUCGUAUUGUUUAGACAGGAAAUUCAGCAAACUGUUUAUGCACCAGGAUGGCGUCAAAAUUUCAAUACAAGGGAUUUUGCAGCAGUUUACAAUCUUGGAUCGCCUGUUGCAGCAGUGUAUUUCAAUUGUCAGAGAGAACAUGGUUGUGGUGGCAGAAGAUUCAUCCAUAUGCACUAUUGAAGACCCAUGCAUCACAACAUACAGUAAAUUCUUCAAAAUUUUAAUAUACAUUUUCUAAUGGAAGGUUCCACGGAGCAAACUGAUUCCAUCAGUAAUACAUAAAAAAAUAUCAGCAGUUCAGAGUUCAAAUAUUCAACUGAAUGCUGAAGAAGAGUGCGAUACAAGAGCUGAGCAUCAAGAAUUAUAUAACUAUUUCUUCUCUGGCUUAUCAAGGAAUAUCCAUUUUUGUCUUUUCCCCAAUUUACGGACAAGGAAAUCACAGGUUCAGCAAUAUUUGAAAAGUUCUCCUAUUUAUGCUUUAAGCUAAAAAUAAUUGAACUUUUCAAAUUUUAUAGAAUCAGUGAUUUCCCGUUUCCAUUAUGUAGAAACUGAAGUGAAUGUAAUCCUGUUCAAAAAUAGUA